AUGCCUUCCGACAUCCCACUUCUUCUCCUCAGCCUCGGACGGCUGACGGUGAUCAACGGAGCACCGGCCGACAUUGCUUACUGGAACGUGUCUGGGCCGAAAGCCAUCAUCGACGACAGCAACGGGCAAGUGUGCGAUAUCGUACGAGGACUCCUUGCCCGCCACAUCACGUACCUUAUUCUAUGUAAUCUUCCCGAUCCCCUCUGUCUCAUCCGCCACCCCUUUCAGAACCUCCCGCGUCUAAACCAACUUGCAAUGCAUCUUACAGGCGGAGGGCAACCAGUCAUGGUCAUCACCUUUCGCGCGCCCAAGGGUCGGGAAUCCUCAGCCUAA